AUGGCUUCCAAGUUCCUCAGAGAAUACAAACUUGUCGUCGUAGGCGGUGGUGGUGUCGGAAAGUCUUGUUUGACCAUCCAAUUGAUUCAGAGUCACUUUGUCGAUGAAUAUGAUCCCACAAUCGAAGACUCCUACCGCAAGCAAUGCGUCAUCGACGACGAAGUCGCCCUGUUGGACGUCCUCGAUACUGCCGGCCAGGAGGAGUACUCGGCCAUGCGGGAGCAGUACAUGCGCACCGGUGAAGGCUUUCUGCUCGUCUACUCCAUCAACAACCGCCAGUCCUUCGAAGAAAUCAAGACCUUCCAACAACAGAUCCUACGCGUGAAGGAUAAGGAUUACUUCCCCAUAAUCGUUGUCGGUAACAAGUGCGAUUUGGAAAGUGAGAGGAAGGUUACUCAACAAGAGGGUGAGGAUCUUGCACAAGAGUUCGGCUGCAAGUUCAUCGAGACCUCGGCCAAAUCUCGCAUCAACGUCGAAAAUGCCUUCUAUGACCUCGUCCGCGAAAUCCGACGAUACAACAAGGAAAUGUCAACCUAUUCUACCGGCCCUGGCCCGCUCGGCACGCGUGCACCAGAAGGCAAAAUGGACGUCACGGAGCCUGACGAAAGCCCUGGUUGCUGCGCGAAAUGUGUUGUGAUGUAA